AUGGCUAUGUGGAACCCAAAACCUUCCCUUACUAUCUUCGUCUUCUUCCUCUUGCUAAUCCAUAAAAUCAACUCAGAAUCAUUUUCCUUCAGAUUCGACAUUUUCGAGCCAGACCCAUUACCUGUAGCUUUAGUCGGGGAUGCAAUUUCAUACGGCGGGGCUCUCCUCCUCACGAGAAGAGAUCAGGUCGGAGAAAAAGUCGUCAUCCGCAAAAACAGUGUUGGUAGGGCAGUGUACCUCACACCAAUCCACCUUUGGGAUAGAUACACAGGAAAUGUUGCAGACUUCACCACCGAAUUCAAGUUCGUGGUGGAUUCCGGUGGACCGCAACUUCACGGCGACGGCUUGGCCUUCUUCAUAUCGCCGGCCGAAACUGCUCUUCACAUCCCUGUAAAUUCAUCCGGUGGCUAUCUAGGAUUGUUCACUCCUGAGAAUGCCUUCAAUCCUACCAGGAAUAGAGUCGUGGCCAUUGAACUUGACAGCUUCGGGAACGUGUGGGACCCUGUCCCUUUGGCUCAAGCUGCUCACGUAGGAAUCAAUGUCAAUUCGCUUAGGUCUGUGAACACUACAGAUUGGCCUAUCAAUAGCAUACCUGGAGGUUCUCUAGGAAAGGCACGCAUCGUAUAUGCCUCUAAGACCAAAGAACUCGGUGUGACCAUAAGUUACGGUGGUUCUAAGAGUGGUCAGAGAGUUUCACUAUCGAAGAUUGUUGACUUCAAGGGUGUUCUACCUGAAUGGGUUAGAAUUGGAUUCUCUGCAGCCACUGGUGAUUUGGUUGAAUCCCAUGACAUUCUUUCUUGGUCUUUCUCUUCAUUUCUUCGAACCCCAGAAAGCACUUGA